UGUGUGUUCCUGCGUGGUGAGGAGGCCAGCCGGUUCUCUGUGUGCGCGUUACGUGUAGCUGUGUCUGAUCUGACCCAGAUGAUGAGUGUGUUCAGCCGUGUGUACGACACGGACUUCAGAUCCUACUGCUGCAGAGACCCUCCCAGCCUCCGAUCACACACACACAUCUUCAGCACUGUCCAUAGGCUGCUCACCGCCUGGAACACGGAGCUAGAGGUCCUGUGGCAGGUAUCAGAGGUGUCUGUCUGUCUGUCUGGCACGGUGAAUGAGGUACACUCAGACCCUUGCUACUGGAGCCACGGACACAAACACACCCUCUCCACCCAGUUGGAGGACCUUACCAAGAGAUACACAGAGUUCCUUUCUCUUCACCACGGCUAGCAGGCUACCGCUAACCGAACCCUGAACUCCAGACUGAAGCUAGCAAGCUACCGCUAACCGAACCCUGAACUCCAGACUGAAGCUAGCAAGCUACCGCUAACCGAACCCUGAACUCCAGACUGAAGCUAGCAAGCUACCGCUAACCGAACCCUGAACUCCAGACUGAAGCUAGCAAGCUACUGCUAACCGAACCCUGAACUCUACAGACAACUAUUAGCUUGCUACUGCUAACUCUCCAUGAUCAUCACAUGCUAGCAUCAGUGUUAACUUUCCUGCCUUUCAAUGCUGAGAUUGUUCUGGUAUCAGUGCUAACUGUGUAACUGUUACUAGAGCAGAUCAUUAUCUAGCUUUCCAUGUUCCCAUCUUAGUGAUUCAAAAUGUUUCAAUACAUUUCAAAUCAUUGUUUUUGUAAAUGUUUUAAUACGAGUGCACAAUAUAGGGAAUAGGGUGUCAUAGGGCCCUGAUCCAAAGUAGUGCACUAUAUAGGGUGCCAUUUGGGACAUUCGGCAGCGAUACAUCAAAUAUGUUUUGGUAAUAUGUUCUGCUUUCUCAACACCAGAACUGCAGACAUUGUUUUAUGUUGUCUGUAAGUUGUUACAGUGUGAUAUGUCUCAAACAUUAUUUUCCCCCUCCUCUCUUGGUUGCACCGGGUCUCUUGAAAAAAAAAUGUUAUCUCAAUGAGACUAACCUGGAUAAAUAAAGGUCU